CGUCACUGUCAUGGAAAACUUAACCUAUAAGUGUCACCGAUAUGAGAGCGCAGCAGCAAAAUGUAAUGCGAAUGAGGAGUUGCAAUAAAUAGUGCAGUGCAUAUUAACAUCGAAUACUUUUAUAUUUAUGGCAAUUCCUCGAUUAAAAGCAUGGCGGAGAAUUGGUUUUAUGAUGUGGAAAAGUGGAAGUGGAACUGGACAGAAUUUUGUGGACACAAUGGAGGUAUUAAACCUUUGAAUCCAGAGACUCAUGAUUUAAAUGUUUGUUUCCAACAGCUCUGUCUUCAGAUACCAGUAUUAGUUCUCAUAGCUAUAAUUUCUGCGUAUCAUUGUGGGAAGAGACAUGCAGUAAUAACACGACAACAGUAUACUCACCGUGCUAUAAACAUAAGAAUUCUGAUUACAAUAUGUUUAAUGAUAUUGCCUAUUAUAAGGGCAUAUAUUAUUUUAACAAAAACUACCAUUCCUUUGGUACACAAUGAAGUGCAAGACUAUAACACAUUAGCACCACAAAGAUUGGUCACUUCCUCUCCUAAAAGAACAAAUUUAACUUUGGAUGGAAUAGAUAUCAUUAGCAGGAUACAUAACGAAUUAAAUCAUACUGCUAGGCUUGCUGAAUCAUUCUCAUCAUCAGAAAACAGUGUUAAAGAAAUCACAACAGUUGUCACACCAUAUAUCAGCAACUAUGAUCCAAUAUUAUCAAAUAUUACUGAUAAAUUCACUUCUGCUAAACCAGUGGAUUAUCUCGUCGCUGGCACUGAAGGUUUAGCAUGGGUUGUGCAUCUUUGUUUUAUAUUAAGCUUGAAACGUGGAAGACGUGGUCCCAAUCCACGUGGUCCAAUAUUAAUACGAGCGUUAAUAUUCCUGUUGAUAGUUAUUUCUGUAUUGCUACUACGCAGUCACGUCAAUAAUAAACCGAAAGAUGAUGUUUUACCAAACUUAUCAUUGGGAUUUAGUAUCAGUGUGGUCACGCUUCUGAUAUUGUAUACCAUAACAUUGAUAUCAGGUCCUGGUAUACUGGAGCAUACGGGAGCAUCAUCUCGAAAUAUUGCAAUAGGAGAACGCACUGCACUAUUAAAUACUCCCAGUUCUUCGUACGUACAAUUUCCGGAGGAACAGGAUCCAAGUUAUCUUGGAAUUGCUAUGGAAGAUACAACCAUCACUUCGAAACUCCUGUUCCAUUGGGUAACCCCGUUAAUGGAAAAAGGUGUCAGAGGAUUAUUGAAUAAUUCGGAGGACUUGUUUGAUUUGCCGGACCAAAUCAGCACUAACACAAUCAGUCAUAAAAUUGACAAAUAUUUAUAUGAUACGCAGAAAUCUGUAAGCAACGGAAUCGAAAAUAACUCGGAAAUACCACUUCAUCCAAACGUAAAAAUAAUUACGAAGAAAGUGACAUUGUUUUACUUGCUACAUCAAUGUUUCGGUUGGGAAUUUUAUGCGGUUGGAAUAUUGAAAUUUAUCGCAGACAGCAGCUCGUUUAUGGGGCCAAUAUUGUUGAGCAAAUUGAUAGGUUUCAUCGAAGAUAAAAACGAGCCAAUUUCACAUGGAUAUUUAUAUGCAUCUCUUAUAAUAAUCAGCGCUAUAAUUGGUGCUUUUUGUAAUACACACUUUACAUUUUGGAUGUCAGUUGUGGGCUUGAAGAUACGUUCCGCGGUUAUCACCUUAGUGUAUCGGAAAACAUUGCAUUCUUCUAAUAUCGAUUUAAAUCAUAAUUUCAACUUUGGCGAAAUCGUGAAUUUUAUGAGCACUGAUAGUGAUAGAUUAGUUAAUAGCUGUCCUAGUUUUCACACACUUUGGAGCAUACCUUUACAGUUGUUUGUCACGUUAUAUCUUCUGCAUCAGCAGAUCGGUGCUUCAUUUUUAGCUGGGGUUGCAUUUUCGAUAGUGCUUAUACCAAUUAAUAAAAUCAUAGCAAAUAAAAUUGGUAAACUUAGCACCAAAUUAAUGGAAUACAAAGAUCAGCGAGUGAGACUAGUGGGAGAGACUUUGCGCGGGAUAACUACGAUCAAAGUUAACGUAUGGGAAGAGCACUUUCUACGAAGUAUCUUCAAGCUACGCGAAAGCGAAAUAAAGUAUUUACGAGGUAGGAAAUAUCUGGACGCUCUUUGUGUCUAUUUCUGGGCGACUACACCUGUUAUCAUCGCGAUAUUAACGUUCGCGACAUACGUCUUGUUUGGAAAUAAAUUAGACGCCAAAAUUGUCUUCACUAGUAUGGCGUUAUUGAACAUGUUGAUAGGACCUUUAAACGCAUUCCCGUGGGUUCUGAAUGGCCUUACAGAAGCAUGGGUAUCUCUUAAGAGAAUUCAAAGAAUGCUAGACCUACCAGACAUGGACACGUCGGUGUACUAUACAGAUAUUACUCCAGAUGUAGACUUGUUGCUGCAAAAUGUAACAUUCAUUAUAAAUAAUCCGAGAAAUAACAAUAUCGUUACGGAUGCAAGUCCGAAAAUUGCAGCAAUGCCGUCCUCAAGCGCUGAGAAUAAAAAAAGUGUUACUUUUGAGAGUGAUGAUGUCUUCGCGCUACAUAAUAUUAAUAUGUCCGUGCAGAAGGGACAAUUGAUCGGUAUUAUGGGAAAGAUUGGAAGUGGAAAAACUCUACUCUUGGAUGGAAUCUUGGCAGAAAUUACAAAAACUACAGGAGUCAUAGCAGUUAACGAUGACCACAAAGGCUUCGGAUACGUGAAACAAAACCCUUGGUUACAACGUGGCACAAUUCGAGAUAAUAUUCUGUUCGGAAAACCAUAUGAUCAUAAUAAAUAUAAGAAUAUUUUAAAAGCUUGUGCCCUCACAUCUGAUUUGAAUUCACUGCCUGAAAAAGACUUGACGGCCGUUGGCGAAGCCGGGAACACAUUGAGUGGUGGCCAAAAAACGAGAAUCUCCUUAGCUCGUGCAAUAUAUGCUGAUAAAGACAUUUAUUUGUUGGAUGACAUAUUGGCGACAUUGGACGUUAAAGUUGCCAAACAUGUUUUCCAACAGGUGAUUCUAGGUCUGCUACGAAAUAAAACCAGGAUACUAUGCACACAUCAGACACAAUAUUUGAUUCAUGCAGAUUUGGUGAUUGAAAUGUCGAAGGGAAAAAUUAUUAAUCAAGGAAAACCGAGCGACAUAUUACCCGAUCUAGAAGAUUACCUGUUAUCGAUGGAGUCCAUCGAAUCUGACUUGGAUGUCCGGAUGUCUAUAAAAGUACCGCCCACUGAGAUUAAACUAACUGGAAAUGACGAGAUAGAUCCGUUACUUGAUAAGGAAGUAGUCGAAAAAGGAACGGUACACUUUUCGGUGUACACGUGCUAUAUCAAGGCUGUAGGUCAAUAUUUGGCUAUCUCGAUAUUACUCUCUAUGAUUCUGAUGCAAAGCUCGAAAAAUAUUACGGACCUGUGGUUGUCAUAUUGGGUGACACACACUAACACAACGACGAUCAAUUCAACUGAUACGUCAACAGUGAAAAAGUUGCACCGCUAUUACGAUAAUUAUAGUCCGCACGAUACAAAUUAUUAUUUAACAGUUUACAGUCUGCUAGCUGUAGCUAAUUCGGUCUUCACUCUGAUCAGAGCUUUUCUAUUCGCAUAUGGCGGUUUGCAAGCGGCCAUUACGAUGCACAGACAACUUUUGAAGACGGUUGUACGGGCGAAAACAAUGUUUUUUGAUAUUCAACCACUUGGUAGGAUCAUAAAUAGAUUCUCAUCUGACACAUAUACAGUCGAUGAUUCGCUUCCUUUUAUUGCUAACAUUUUGCUUGCAAAUCUGUUUGGCUUGAUCGCUACUAUCAUAGUUACAGCUUAUGGACUACCAUGGAUCUUCUUGAUAUUAGCGCCUUUGGUGCCCAUUUAUCAUUGGAUACAAAAUCAUUACAGAUUAACGUCGAGAGAAGUGAAAAGAUUAUCCAGUGUAACGUUGUCUCCGUUAUACGCCCAUUUCAACGAGACUCUUAGCGGCCUGGCGAGUAUCAGAGCGUUUCGCACUGUACCCCGUUUCAAACAAGAGAACGAACUGUUAUUAGAAGCCAGUCAGAAAACGCAGUUUGCUUCUGUGGCCGCGAGCCAAUGGUUAGCAUUGAGAUUACAAUUUAUUGGUGUUACCCUUUUAGCCGGGGUCAGCAUUAUGGCAGUUUUACAACAUCAAUAUAAUAUUGCUGAUCCUGGCUUGAUCGGCCUGGCGAUUACAUACGCUUUGUCCGUAACCGGAUUAUUAUCCGGUGUGGUGAACUCCUUUACCGAGACUGAAAGAGAAAUGAUUGCGGUGGAACGAAUGAAACAGUAUUUAGAUAACGUGCCCACCGAAAAUACAAUGGGCGAUAAUCCGCCCUACGCGUGGCCUAGUCAGGGUGUUGUUGAAUUUAGAGAAGUUAUUUUAAAGUACAGAGAUCAUUUAGUGCCAUCGUUGAAAGAAGUAACGUUCGUGACGCGACCAGCAGAGAAGAUAGGCAUCGUUGGUCGCACUGGUGCUGGAAAAAGCUCGUUGCUAACUUCGUUGUUUCGACUGACGGAAAUUACUUCGGGGAAUAUAUUAAUUGAUAACGUAAACAUUCAAACAUUACAACUGAAGGCCUUAAGAUCCCGCUUGGCUAUUAUACCUCAGAAUCCGUUUCUUUUUUCGGGUACUAUUCGAGAGAAUGUGGACCCACUGGAUCAAUAUACCGAUCUGCAUAUAUAUAAAGCUCUGGAGAAGUGUAAAGUACACUCUUUAGUUUAUCGAUUGGGCGGCUUGGGUGCAGUCUUGGAUGAAGGUGGAGGCAAUCUUAGCGCCGGUCAGAGACAAUUGUUUUGCCUAGUCAGGGCUGUAUUACAUAAUGCUAAGAUCGUUUGCAUCGACGAAGCUACCGCAAACGUAGACCAGGAAACAGACAAGUUUAUACAAGCAACAAUAAAGUCUUCCUUCCAAAGUGCGACGGUUAUUACUAUCGCCCAUAGAAUAAGGACGAUUAUGCACUGUGAUAGAGUUCUAGUUAUGGGAGAUGGGCAGGUAUUGGAAUUUGACGAGCCAAAUUUAUUGAUUCAGAAUGCUGACUCCUACUUUUAUCAUCUAGCAAGUCAAGAAUUUUCGGAUCAAGAAUGAUCAAAUAUACCACAGGAUUUCAUUACAAAUGAUUUGUAAUGAUGGUGACGAUUAUAUGUAGUAUUAUGUUAAUGUACAUAAUGCAUUAUACAUGAGACGAUAUUUCCUGAAAGGCGGAUUAUUUUCAUACGAAUGCGACAGGAUGAUAUUCUAGAUCAAGAUUACUAUAAAUCAUCAUUUAUGAAAGUGAAUGUUUUUAUUUGUAAAAUAUAUAACAUUAUGUGAUAUAUUUUAUCAUAGGUCGUUGCCACAAACAAUAGUCGAAAUUGCGUGAGAUAUUUCCUCGCCGUAAUCAUCUUGAUUAAUGACAUUAGAAGCGAUAAUAUCUGUACUCAUAAUUUCUGCAGAAUAUGUAUAAAAAACAUAUAUACAUAUAGUAGUGUCUGUCAUCAAUCGAGCGGAUUUGUGAAAUAAUCUGAAAACUUUACUUUUUCUUCAAUAAUCAAUAAAUAAAAAUCAAGUUAACGUGAUCAAAAUAUAUAGUUAUAAGAUCAACCACGUCGAUGAUUUUUCACGUCAAUUUUAUCGAUAUAUUCUUAUAUUUCAACGUAUUGUAUAACAACUUAUGCUGCGCUUUCUUCGGCUUCUCAUGAAUCUAAAUGACUGCAGCGAGGGAUUGGGAACCGUAACUAACAUUUAUGGAGGCGACUCUAUGUAAGUUGUCCAUCUAUAUUUUGUAUAUGAAUAAAGUUCGUAAAUAAAUAGAGUUAAAUAUUU